AUGAGAUAUACUCUGUUAUUCUGUCAAUCGAUCACUGUCUACUCGAUAAUCUUCAUGAUUUCGAGGUUUAUCAAGUGCCAUGAAAUAUGCACGAAACCGGAAUUAGGGAAAUACAGAAAAGUGAUAUUUGAGAAUGAUUCCUAUGAAUAUUCUCACCAUUACUACUACUCCCAGCUUAUACGUUUAAAUCAGCCUACUCCAGUUUUUAGUGGAAAGUUUGAAAAAGUGAUUUUUUCACAGAGUGUCGUCCCAGCAUUCUUGAUCAAAUUUUACGAUAUUGACGUCGAUACACUCAAUGUAGCCAGUUUUGGUUUGCAAAUGAUGUACAAAGGAGAGCUCGUAGGACAAAUUGACAAUGAAUUAAAAAUCCAUGCUCAGUCUAACUUAGAGAUUUCAAAUAAUAAGGAAUUAUUGGCUUUGAGACAAACUUAUCAUAAACAAGAUAAUGGUGAAAGUUUUACAUUCACGGUAACCAGUUUGAUAUAUCCGAAUGGGAAGAUAGCGUUCUAUUAUGAUGAUGUUUCUAAGGCAACUAACGGAAUUCAACUGCAAUCGAACAUUUUAGGAGUAAUUAAUUGUGGGGAAAAUGGAGCAAUUUUACUUCUGGCUAAAACAUACGUUCCGGAAGAAUGGAUUCAUAGUGGCACGUUGGUGGAACAUGAAGUUCUCGGGGAUUGUCCAAAACAGAAAACGAUUAAUGCAUGUGAAGAUGCGAAAACACCAGAUAGAACGUGUAUUUGGUGCGAAAACUCCGAUAUGUGCACUGCUAGUAAUGACAAGGAUAAUCAUGACUUCAAAGUGGAUGGUUGCCAUGUUGAAGCGAUGUCGAAUGUCAAUGAUACGAGUGAAGCAACACUUAUCAGUCAAAGAGAAACAACGACAGAUAUCACUGAACCUGACUUAACAAAUGAAUUGACCAAAACCAAUCAAAUAACUGAAUCAUAUUUGAGUAGUUCGAUUGUCGACGCUUCGAGUGAGCCAACACUUCCAUAUCACGGAGAACCAACGACAGGUAUCACCGAACCUGACUUAACAAAUGAAUUGACCAAAACCACUCAAACAACUGAAUAUCAAUUGAAUAUUACUGAAAGAAUGACUGAAAACAAAGAACAAAGAAAUUCAAUCAAUUCCCUGUACAUUGUUAUACCACUUGUUGUCGUUUUUUUCGUUGUAUGCAUUGUCUGUGUCAUUUGUCUGUGGUUAUACAGGAGGAAGAAAUACAAUCCAUGA